CUGAGAAAUUAGAUCAAUUUUUUUUUGUUUUUCGUCAUCACAAUAACUGCAAGAAAAUUUAUCAACCCAAAAAUAUAUAAACCUAAUUGAUACGUUAGUUUUAAAAUGACAUGGCACUGCAAUGGCACGACGAAUCAAGAAAUGAUAGAUAAAUUAAAAGAAGCAAAGAUUCUCACAUCUGAUACCGCAGAAGCAGCCAUGAUAGCAAUUGAUCGUGGCAAAUAUUGUCAUGAACCUGAUCCUUAUUUAGACCGUCCUCGGAGAAUAGGCUACAAUGUGACAAUCAGUGCUCCGCAUAUGCAUGCAUAUGCGUUAUCAUUUCUGAGUGAUCAUCUGCAGAGUGGCACACGUGCAUUAGAUGUUGGAUCUGGUUCUGGAUAUUUGACUGCGUGUAUGGCUCACAUGGUUGGACCUGACGGUCAUGUUGUCGGUGUCGAACAUAUACCCGAACUGAUUGAAAUAUCAACGAGAAAUGUUCUCAAUGAUCAUCCGGAGUAUAUUAAAGAAGGCCGUGUAAAAUUCGUAGAGGCGGAUGGUCGAGAAGGAUAUAAACCUGGAGGACCUUAUGAUGCUAUUCAUGUUGGAGCUGCUGCUGAUACUGUACCUGAACAAUUAAUCGAACAAUUAGCGCCUGGUGGGCGUUUGAUCGUGCCUGUAGUAGCUGUUGAAGGGUUUCAAAAAUUUCAAGAUCUUCUACAAGUGGAUAAGAAUCAUGAUGGAUUAAUAACACAAACAAAAUUAAUGCACGUUUCUUACGUGCCUUUAACCGACCCUACCAGUCAAUUACAAAAUUAACAUUGUAUAUAAAUAUAUUUACGUAAAAUAUGAAUUUUGUUUUUUUUAUAUUAUAUUAUAAUUUAUUAAAAAACUAGCGAAUAAUAAUUAUUGCACUAUUAAAAUAGACAAUAGUGAAAUUUCAUUUUAUUUAAUUAAUAAUUAUUAA